AUGAUGCAUAUCUUUUUUGUGAAUUGCGCCAAGAAGGAAGUUCCCAGUGGGCUAGAAUGUUGUGUUGGGCACUUUAAAGUGCUGCGUGAUCUGCUUCAAGAAGUGCUUGAAAAACGAUUGAAUAAUAAAGAGGAUUUUGAACAGGAGAUUUCUAUUGUGGUAUAUGAUGAUAAUGAGCAGGAGCUGUCUCUGCCUGAGACGCAGACGCUCCUGAAGAUUUUUUUGCCCUGUUUAAACAUUAAAGUAUCAAAUGUAGACGAUUGGCAAACGACAUUGCAACUGGCAUUAAAGUGUCAACAACGAAUAGCUGUCGACAAGGUGACUAGCAGCGAGUAUUGGAUGUAUUCUAAGCAUGUUGAUUGCCAUUCCGGGGUCACACCAUGUUCGCUGAAUAUGUAUUCGAUGACACAGCAUCUGGCACGUUUAAACGAUGCGCAGGAAGACCAGAACAAUGGUGUUCUGGUGCGGUUUUUAAACGGUGUUAAUAUAAAGGGCAUUAUGGAAGUACCAAAAAGUACGAAUUAUUAUUGGUCGCAGCUGAAUACAUGGGACUUCAGCGCGCACUCCCUUAAUACGCUUGAACUGAUAGCAUGUGCCAGACUUAUUAUUACUAAACUAUGCCUUGCAUCCAAUACCCCAUGUUUAAGUGAAGAUGAGCUGAACGUAUUCCUAAUUCACCUAGAAUGCGCAUACCACCAAGUGAAUAAAUUCCAUAAUUUUAGGCAUGCUUUGGAUGUUAUGCAGGCGACCUAUAAGUUAUGUGAUCUCCUAAAAUUAGAUCCUGGGCAUUCCCUGGCACUCUGUAUAUCUGCAGUCGGUCAUGACGUGGGGCAUCCCGGAACCAACAAUGACUUAUUCUCUUCAUUCGGAUCACCAAUUUCCAAACAAUAUGCGGACAACUCUGUCCUGGAAAACUUCCAUACCGAUAUUUUCACUGGCAUUUUAAGGCAGCACUGGCCGCAAUAUACUACGUCGCUAAACUUAAAGAACAUAAAAGAGGCCAUUAUUUCAACUGAUAUGGCAUUGCAUAACCGUUACCUAAAGCAACUUAGUCUUUCUGGUACCGAAAAACUGAGAAAUAAUAUACCCUUACUCACAUCUCUCAUUAUCAAGGCCGCAGAUAUUUCAAACGUUUCACGCCCACUAUUAGUUUCUGCGCAAUGGGCUGUUCUACUAGCAUACGAGUUGAACGACUGCAUACUUCUGGAAAAGAAGUUAAAAGGGCAGUCAGUGGAUGUAAAGCAGAGCAAACUGGGACGCGAUGUCGAUUUACCAGACUCAGUAGAAGAUAUUGUAGCUCGGUUUCCUCGUCUACCAAAGGACCAGCUUUUCUUCAUUGAUACUUUUGUACUGGAUUUAUUCGCAGGACUUGCAGAUAAAUUUAAAGAGGUAAGGUUUAUUCAUGAGAACAUCCAAUCCAAUAGGGAUUUCUGGCUACAGCAGUGA